GUGGGAGUUUCGAAGGAGUUCAUAUUUAAAUUGUCAGCUGCUAUUUGCUCAGUCGUCUGUUGAAAAACGACCCGAUACAACCUGUGUUUUCAAAACUAUCAAGUGAAAUAAUCACUAAUUACUACCAUUUUAUUUCACGCAUAAACAUGGAUACUAAAGUAAAGGAAGAAUUUUCGGAUUUAUCAAAAAUCGAUGGGAUAGUCGAUGAUCCAUUGGAUCUUUUUAAAACAUGGCACAAGGAAUCAAGAAAAUAUAAAUAUAACUUGCCUGAUGUUUUCUGCCUUGCCACAACCUCCAAGGAUAAUCAAGUUGCUGCAAGGAAUGUUGUUCUUAGAGAAUAUGAUAACGAUGGUUUUGUACUUGUCACUGAUCAACGUAGUAGAAAAGCAUCAGAAUUGGAUAGCGUACCAAGGGCUGCACUGUGUUUCAUAUGGCUUUAUAUAAAUGAUAAAGGACAAAAUAUUGCACGACAGGUAAGAGUUGAAGGUCCAAUAAAAAAGUUAAAGCGAUCAGAAUUUAAACACAUUUACGAUAGAGAACCAUUAUUUUGCAAAAUUCGAUCCCAUUUGUGUCAUCAAGACCAAGAAGUUGAUUGGGAUGAGUUAAAACGAAGACACGAUCAAAUUUUGGGAGAAUAUCAAAGAGGAGAAAAUGAAUUACCAAUGCCUGAUCACUUUAUUGGAUAUAAAUUAUUACCGACUAUGGUGGAAUUUUAUUAUGCAAGGGAUGAACUUAUAGGAGACAGGGUGCAAUACAACAGAAACAACUUGACCGAAUCAUGGCAACAUCGUCGAUUGGCUGCCUAAUAUUCAAAUACAUAUUUAAUAAUUAAACUACACUUUCAUUAUUAUUUAUUUCUUUUAUCACAAUUACUGUCAA